CUUGUCCUGCAGUCAAGGCCACGUGUUCACUUUUGCUGCUCCAGGGCUUGAUUCUGGCCAUGGCCAACACUGUUAACUACUCCGAACGAGCUGCCGGGGAGGCCCAGUUUGCCUCGAGGCUUUAUGGCCAGCUGGCCAAGUCCGAGCCAGGACGGAAUAUCGUCCUCUCACCCUCGUCCAUUAGGACGGGCUUGGCUCUGGCCUACUUGGGCGCCGAGGGCAGCACCGCCGACGAGCUGAAGCAGGGAUUGGGCCUGGAGGGGGCCGACAAAUCGGAGGUAGCCCAGAAAUUCGCCCAGCUGUUGGCGAAAGGACAGGGGGACGAGGAUGGACCCAAAUUGAAGUAUGCCAAUCGGAUUUACGUGGCUCAGAGAUUUCAGCUGGCCCAAGCCUAUCAGGACUUGGUCAGCAAAAACUUUGCAGCAGCUGCCGAGAAUGUGGACUUCGCCCAGAGUGCCGAUACUGCCAAGCGCAUUAACUCCUGGGUGGAGGAGCAGACCCAUCAGCAAAUCAAGAACCUCAUCGGUCCGGACUCCCUCGACGAAGAUACGGCUGCCAUUCUGGUCAAUUCCAUCUACUUUAAGGCCGACUGGCAGAGCAGCUUCCCCGACUACGCCACCUUUGGCCGCGACUUUGUCAAUCACGGAGGUCAGAAGGUCAGCGUGGACACCAUGUCCCAAGAGGAUUACUUCAGGUUCGGCGAGCUGCCGCAGUUAAAGGCUAAGGCCCUGGAAUUGCCGUACACCGGGACAGAUAUAGUCUUCCUUAUCAUUCUGCCCCAGGAGGAGCAGGGAUUGGCCUUCGUUGAGGAGAAGCUGAAGGGUCUGGACCUCAAUGAAAUAAGCUCCCAGUUGAGCAGGCAAAAAGUACAGGUGCAGCUGCCCAAGUUCAAAUUCGAGUUCGAUGUACCCCUGCAGCCGGCCCUCGAGGAGCUGGGAAUAAAGAAACUAUUUGCUCCCGAGGCGAACCUCAGCAGUCUACUUCAGACAUCGGAACCACUUCGGAUCUCGGAGGUGAAGCACAAGGCCAUCAUCGAGGUGAACGAGAAGGGAACUACUGCUAGUGGAACUACCUUUGUCAAGGCCCAGGUGGAAUCUCUCUUGGAAGGAGAGCAAGUAUUCGAGUUUAUUGCGGAUCAUCCCUUUUUCUUCGCCAUCAAGGACGCACAGAGCACCUACUUCCUGGGCCAUGUCAGCCAACUUUGAGUCGGAG